AUGAAUCUUUUCUGUUUUUCUCUGGAGGGCUCAAUGGACAGCUUGUAUGAGCCUGUCCCAGAACGUCAAGAACCCAAGGAUACAACUCCUACUGACAGCUGGGCUAGCACUCCAGUGAGCAUGCAUGUAAACUGCGGGCCACCUGAUAGGUCUAUGUCUUUGGAAUUUCCUGACUUUGAGAACACAGUGACCAAAAAAAGAAAAUCCAUCCAGAAGUCCAUGUCUGAAAAUGAAGCAUUUGACAGGAAAAAUGUGAAUGGCACACUUUGGCAGGGUUCCAGGAAGCCGGAGAAUGAUUCGUACAUCAGAAGGCACUGUAAGCUUGAAGAAGAUAAUAUUAUUGGUGAUGGAAUACAUUUCCUUCAAGGAAAGAAGACAGAAGAAACCACUUGCCAGGUGAUAAACUAUGAGCAGUGGAUUCCACCACGAGUUCACAACUCAAAUGUGGCUGGUAACAGUGAAACGGGUACAGAACCAGAUGAUAAAACAGAGUCCACGGGAACAUUAAAACGAUUGCAGAAAUUGGUCCGAACCAAAAAAACAAGUCCACAAAGCUUGGAGGAUGUCAAACAUGUUUUGCUCCCCCUCAGUAAGUAA